AUGCCAAAUAAUAAUAAUAAUAAGUACUUGGAAGAAGAUGACGUCGAUGAUUUUUUAAGAGAAUUGCAAAAAGAAGAUUUACCACUAUCUAAGGAAAUUAAUAAGGAUUUAUUUGCUACUAAAUCAAUAUCUUCUGAAACAGAUUACGCCAACAUAUCUACCUUAUUAUUGGAAAACAAUCUACAAUAUACUGAACUAGAUCAAUUAUGUCAAGAUUUUAAUACUCUGUCUCAAUCUAUGAAACUGGAUACCAUAGAAGAUGUUAAAAGGGUUAUACCAGCUUUUAAUAACUUGAAUAGUAGCGCAGGUUCUAAAGAUACAACUGCUACAAUUAAUAAUAAUAGAAUGGUAUUACAGGAAUGUUCUUUAAAAAUAGCUCAAUUGGGUCAAUAUAUUGCCGAUCAUCAACAAAAUUUUACACAGUAUAACAUAAAUGUUAUACAGGAUAUUUUAAACUUUUUAGUUGAACUGGACAAUUUGAUAGCUUUAACUAAAAAACAUUGUUACAUAUAUAAAUUGGUGGAUUUCCUACAAAAGCAGAACACCAUAGUGGUUAAGUUAACUGAUAGCACAAACAAUGACGAUACUGAUAGAGUAGCGGUGAAAUUGUUGUUGAGAUAUCAUCACAUGAUUAAGCUUUUGCACAAAUUAUUUCAAGAUACAUGCAAUUGCCACUCACAAUUGAUUAAAAUGAUGAGGAGUCAGUUUGAGGAAAUCCUUGACAAUUAUAACAAUUUGUUGACGGAUAAAUUACUAUUGAAAAUAAAUAAUGGAAAUUCAGAAGCAUUAAACCAAGCAUUGAAAUACAUUUUGGAAGAUAUGGUAUAG